UUUUUCUCAAUUGUUUUGGAUAAUUAUAAUCCUGAUGUGCGAUAAACGUUUUAGCAGAAUAUCAACUUGUAUAUGAUGCGUAUAUAGUUGGUUCGUUUCUCUCUUCAUUAAAAUGGUAGAUAGCAAUGAUUCUGCGGUUACGGCGAUAGAAAUUGAUCGCAACGCACAGGCUGAUGAAACAGGAAUACAGUUUUUAAAAAAUAUCGACCCGGAAGAACUUAGGCUUUGCUUUUUCCGAGAUCAGCUUGUUACAGUUUCAGAGGAUGGUUCAGCGGUCGGGGAAUUCACAGCUAGCGUCGAAAGAGUGACUGAAGCAGGAAAAAAGCUCGUGUUAAUUCACGCAAGCAGUCAUGGAAAAGUCGAUGGAACGCCAAUGGGCACGACCAUUACAACGUAUCUACAACCGGAAAGUUUGGAGGUAUUGCGACAGGAGCACAUCGAAUUUGUAAAGCUUCCAGGGCACGAGCUUGAGAAGAAAACAGAAAUGAAACGCGACAUGGAGAAUGGAGAUCUGGUCAUUAAAAGGAAGGUCACUAAAGGAAACGAGAUUCGAAAAUCCAAACAUCGGUUCACCGCCAAACAAACAGCUGGUUUUGUGACAGAAGGUUCAAAUUUGCUUCUACAAAGGCUUAUGAUGAGGCAAGGACUUAACACAGAGAUUUCCUUCAUAACACUGGACUCUGAAGUUGGUUACUUGGUUAAAGCCAGCUAUCGUCCCCUACCAGAAAGAAGCCAGACAGUUUUCACAAAAGAGAUUCAGGUAUCUGGCAUUGAGCGGCGCGUUGCUUCUGUCCACGACGUUCCUUACACCUGGCAAUCGUUUUUUAUGCCUGACGGCCACUUAACUUUACGAAUACAGGUUGGUUCACCGGCUAUUGUUACUUUGGAAAAAGUGCCGCGUUUGAUCCAACGAGAUAUUGUGGAGCCAAAACCUGUAUUCGAAAAGAAGAAGUUGAUCUGGGAAGAAGAUAUGGAGAUGAACUCCCGAUUCCUACAAAGAAAAGAAGAACUAAAGGCCGGUCACGAGAAAUAUCUUCGUGAGCAUCCAGAUGCAACGGCUUUGAUUGCAGAUUUCUUUCAGUUUUUACUGCUUCGGCGGCCACACGAUGUUGUAGGAUUCGCUGCUGAUUUUUUUUCGAGUUUUUCUUCGUCGUUUCCCGAAGCCCCCGCUUACCAACACUCUGGUACAACUGCAGCGAAUGCAGAAUCUUUUAAUUAGUAUGUAAUUUUGUUAAAGAUGUACCAAUGCAACCGCUUCAGUUGUAAACUGUAUGUGUUUUUUACAAAAAAAACAAUGAAUGAUACUGUAUUGUAUUAAACAACAAAGUUU